AUGCGCGGCUCUACCGCUGGUACGCUGCUGCGCCAUGCCCUCGACAGCACCGUGGACAAAUGUGGCGGAGGGAUUGUUAAUGAAGUACGAGAAGGAGGUGGCGGAGAAGGUGUGGAGAGGCAGGAGGUUUGGGACGGUGUCACCUGGCUGUGGUGGAGGUGUUUAUGCGAGAAGGAGCCGGAGUGGAAGAAGAGGUCACAAUUGGAAAGAAUCGCAAAAAAAAAUAAUAACCCGGAGAUCUCAACCAUGCUGCAGGAGUCUUCGUCUGGGGCGACCGGGGAGGCGGGGGAGCUGGUGGACGGGAUGAUGGCCAAGCUGUCGACCGCCAUGUCGGUUCUCGGCACCGGCGAUGUCCGCGUGGCGUCGUCGUCGGGAGCAGGCCGGGCGCCGGGCGGGAGGAGGAAGAGAUCUGGCGCGGCAUCAUUCGGGCCGCACCGCCGGAGCAGCUCCAGGAGAAGGAUGAAGAGCCCUCUAAUCAAGACGGUCACUGCUACGACGCUCACAGAUGGCAAGUCAUGGAGGAAGUACGGGCAGAAACAGAUAAACGACUCUACUAACCCGAGGAGCUACUACAGGUGCACGCAUUUGCCAGAUCAAGGCUGCAAAGCCAAGAGGCACGUCCACGUAUCCGAGUCCAACCCUUCGGAGUACACCAUCGACUACUACGGCCAGCACACCUGCAGGGACCCCUCCACGUUCCCAUCACUCAUCGUCCAAAGGGCCGCCGACGCUGCUCCGCCUCCAGACUGCGGAAACCUCAUCAGCUUCGCGCCCAUCAAUGGAGUCAACAACGCUUUCACCGCAAGCACGAGCAUGAGCGCUUUUGCUCAUCAUCUCAUGAAAGAAGCGUCUGAUCAUCAUCCUAUGCUCUUCUCUCGCUUCUCCAACUACAGCUCCUCGCCGCCGGCUCAGGAGGGUGUGUCCAGCGGCUCACCAUCGCCGGCUUGCCACGGGAAGUACAUGCAGUACGCCGGCGGGCAGUUCAUCAACGUUACUAGCUUAAGGACAUCGCCGUUGACUGUGGGAUCAGCGCCGGCGGGGUACUGGCCGGUGGUGGAGGUCACCGGCGUCGAGAUGGAUGCUGCCGCAGGCAUGGACAGCUUCCCUUCCUCACCGAGCAGCCUCGGGUUCAUGUCUGGAUCGUUGGGGGGAUCAUUUGGCAACAAUGUUUACGACGACGACCUGUUCAGCUUCGAUUCCUGA